UAAGCUUAUUUUAUAUAUUAUAAUAAUUUCCAAUAUGAUGAUCAAUUUGUUGUCAAAGGUGGUUGUCUUAACUUUGGUCCUUUCUUAUUAUUAUUCUGUGCAAUUUGUGGAGGGUGUUAAUUCGGGUUUUAAGCACUGGAAAUGGUCUAGCACAAGUGGGAAAGUGAAUACUUUGGAGAAUGAUCAUGAAGCUCUCGUGGCUAACUUGCCUGGCCAGCCUCAGAUUGAUCACUUUCGCCACUAUGCUGGCUAUAUCACGGUCGACAAAACCAAUGGGAGAGCUCUCUUUUACUGGUUUUAUGAGGCUGCUUCUCUUCCUCACCAAAAACCUUUGGUGCUUUGGCUCAAUGGAGGUCCUGGGUGCUCUUCUGUGGGAUAUGGAGCAACGCAAGAGAUUGGUCCUUUUAUAGUGGACACUAAUGGACAUGGCCUUAAAUUUAAUCCAUCUUCAUGGAAUAGAGAGGCCAACAUGUUAUUCUUGGAAUCUCCAAUUGGGGUAGGCUUUUCCUACUCAAAUACCAGCAGUGAUUAUGAAAAUCUUGGAGAUGAGUUCACAGCAAAUGAUGCUUAUACUUUCCUCCAUGAAUGGUUCCUCAAGUUCCCCUCUUACAAAAAUAAUUCCUUUUACAUAGCUGGGGAGAGCUAUGCAGGAAAAUAUGUUCCGGAGCUGGCUGAGCUAGUCUAUGACAAAAAUAAGAAAGACUCUUCUCUUCAUAUUGAUCUCAAGGGUAUCCUGUUGGGUAAUCCUGAAACAUCAGAUGCUGAGGAUUGGAAAGGGCUUGUGGAUUAUGCAUGGAGCCAUGCAGUGAUAUCAGACGAAACUCACAAAAUAAUAAAGGAAAACUGUGAUUUCAAUAGCAAUAACACAUGGGCAAAUGAAGAUUGUGAUAAAGCUGUGGAUGAAGUACUCAAACAGUAUAAAGAGAUCGAUAUUUACAGCCUUUACACUUCAGUUUGCAUAGCUGACUCAGCUAGUUCUGGUGAUGAUUCCUAUCAAAUCCUGACCAUGAAACGCUCAUCUACUAUGAUGCCAAGGAUAAUGGGUGGAUAUUACGAUCCAUGCCUAGACGAUUAUGCUAAAGCGUAUUACAACAGACUAGAUGUUCAAAAGGCCCUCCAUGUCAGUGAUGGUGUUCAGCUCAGAAACUGGACCAUCUGCAAUCUUAAUAUAUUUAGCCAAUGGUUUGAUUCCAAGCCAUCUGUUCUUCCUAUAUACAAGAAGCUCAUUGCAGCUGGGCUUAGAAUAUGGGUUUACAGUGGGGACACAGAUGGAAGAGUUCCAGUACUGUCCACAAGAUAUAGCUUGAAUUCACUUGGACUUCCCAUCACCAAGACAUGGAGACCAUGGUACUACCAAAAGCAGGUAAGUGGGUGGUUUCAAGAAUACGAGGGGCUUACGUUUGCAACGUUCAGAGGAGCUGGUCAUGCAGUGCCUUGUUUCAAACCAAACAACUCCUUAGCAUUUUUCACAUCGUUUCUCAAAGGGGAAUCACUACCGUCCACUCGAUCGUGAUCAUCAAAAUCAAACAUUGUAAUAUAUUGUAGCAGCACUCCAUUAAAAGAUUUUGCUGUUAAUUACUAUACAAUAAAUAUAUAUAUAUAUAUAUAACUAUAUCUAUGUCCUAUGAUAAUAAUAGGGAUAAAUAAGAUGUGAGUGCAUGUUUUCGGCUUCGA